AUGGUUGUUUGUCCCUGCAGGGCUCCUGUAGACGCCUCAGGACCCCCCAACACCCAGGACCCCCAGGACCCCCAGGACCCCCAGGACCCCCAGGACAUCCGGGACAUCCGGGACAUGGAGCUGAGGGAGGAGUGGCAGGACGACGGCUUCCCGAGCCUUCUCUCUCUCUGGCCCCGCCCCCUCCCCUCAGCCCCGCCCACCAGCCUCGCCCUAUCAGGAGCGGUUGGGGGCGGAGCCAAGAAGCGUCUGGCGGCGCCGUCUCUCAGCCUGACUCUGAGCCGCCGAGACUCUCAGGAGCCGAGCCACGACGGCUUCUCCGCCGCCGCGUUGUCGGGGACGACGGAGGGAACGCCGUCGCUGGACAUCAACCUGGAGGCUCUGGAGACGCCGUCCGGCAGCGAGACGGGCACGCUGCCGGACGGCGUCCACGAGCUGGAGUGGGAGGAUGACCUGCCCCGGGUGGCGAGGGGCGUGGGGGGCGUGGCCAGCAGCCCGGUGGAGGAGCGGUCUGAGGGUCUGCUGGACCUGGACCAGGUGGACUCCAGGGGGCGCCGCUGGAGGACCUUCUCGCUGUCGGGACACGAGUUCCUGGUCAACAUGAGCGUCCUGGAGCCGUACCUGCAGGUCCUGUCCCACGGAGGUUACUAUGGAGACGAGAUGAACGCCAUCAUCCUGUUCACGUCCUGCUACCUGCCGGAGAACACGGUGGAGAACUACGAGUACGUCAUGGACAACCUGUUCAGGUACAUCGUGGGGACCCUGGACCUGAUGGUGUCAGAGAACUACCUGCUGGUCUACCUGUGUGCCAUGGCGCCCAGGAACAAGCUGCCCGCCAUCAAAUGGCUCCACCAGUGCUACACGUCCAUCGACAGGAGGCUGAAGAAAGACCUGAGGGGUCUCCUGGUGGUCCAUCCAGCCUGGUACAUCAAAGCUCUGCUGACCCUGGUCAAACCCUUCAUCAGUGAGAAGUUCAGCAGGAAGAUCCGGUUCAUUCAGAGUCUGCAGGAACUUUCUCAGUUCAUCCCAACAGAAAGACUCCAGAUCCCCGACGCCAUACGAGAGUUUGAUCAGAAGUUGACCAGAUGACGAUCCUGGAGGUCGACGGACUGGAUGGAUCGUAAAGGUCAAAGGUCACCAGGAGCUCUAUCUGGUCCUGGUGACCUCUGACCUGCUGCCUGUACAGAACAAAGACUGUGGGUUUAUUUAUGUAUCUGGGAGGGUCAGUUCACCAGGUGGACCUGGACCAGGACCUGGACCUGGACCAGGACCAGGACCAGGACCUGGACCUGGACCUGGACCUGGACCAGGACCAGGACCUGGACCACAGAUCCUGGACUCCUUCUGAACUAACAAGCAUGUAAAUAAGAUGAAUAAAAGCAACGUAAGGUUUAUUUAAUUAAAAGGGCAUUAAUCAUGAUUUAUUUUAAUAAAAAUAGUUUUUCAACUCUGCUAAAAAAAAUUGGUUGUUUUUAUUGUAAACUUAAUUCCAGAUUGAUAUUUUAUUGGCUGCAGCUCAAAGUGUGAAGUCUCAGUGAGUCCAGCAGAGGGCGACAAGUCCCCACCAAGUCCCCACCAAGUCCCCACCAAGUCCCCACCAAGUCCUCGGGACUCCAACUUCAGAGUCUCUGGAGGUUUCUAAAGAAACUUUUCAACCUUGUGCAGCUUUAAUACGCUGCUCAUUGAUCAUUAAACCUGUUUAUCAUGUUUUAUUUAUGUCCUCAGUGAAAUCUGAGCUCCUGAAAAAACUUGACAACUGUAAAACGAACUAACAACUGUAAUAAAGUGUCAACCUGAAUCCAUUAAACACAUUCAAACCUCAGUGUGUUCUGCAUAAAUAGAAUUAUUAAAAGAAAAAGCUGUUGCAUUAAUAAUGCUCCAACAAAAACAAACAAACAAACAAACAAACAAACAAACAGUGGCAUUAAGUACACAAACUGAACUUUACAGGGUUAAAAGUUGUUGGUUGUUUCUGGACUAAAGUAAAACAGAUCAUGUUCUCAUAGAACUCUAUGGAAGUUUGUAAACUACAGACAUUUAUAGGAAGAACUGUAAUGACUUCCAGUAAUAUUAAUAUAUGUUUAUUUAGAGUAAUGUAAAUAAACUCCAGCAGCUGUUGUUAUUGUUCUGUUUCUAUUCUGAUCCGAUGACUCGACAGUUCACAUUUCACUGAUUUAUUAAUAUAAAGACGUUUGUGCAGCUGUUGUUAUGAGUUAGAAUAAAAAAGUAUAAAUAUGUCUUUGAGUUAUUAUAAUCUUUAAUCUCUAAUAAUAAUAUCA